GGAGGAGCGCCGCACCCCUGAAAGGUCAUCUCGAACUUUCACUUCGUCACCACAAGUCUUCUGCUGUGCUUGAGAUUAUUUUAUUCAUCUUUCAGUAUAUUCAAUCGAUACCCCAGCCAAUAACUGUUGAUUUACAAUUUAGUUCAAGAGAGAAAAUAGCGAUCUGCUUACUUCUCUUACUCUAUCUCCAGAGCACAACACAACCUCAUGUCGGCACAGAUGUUUGACCAAGCAGACGACGAGGAUCUCUUUACUGAUCUCUACGGUGACGAAUCACCGGCAAUCAAAGAGCUGCCCAACAGAAGAGAGCAGUCCUCAACUACAAAAACCACACCACAGCAACCUUCGCAAACAAAUCAGACCUCAUACGGUCAAAGCUCACAAGAUUCGCCACAGCCAUACAAUGACUACAGCAACAGCAAUAACAAUAACAAUAAUUCAUGGCAAACGGAGGCGUCAAGACCGCAGCAGUCUCAGUCGGCUGGGGCUGACAACGACAGUGGAUCCAGUGAUGACGGAAAAAUGUUUAUUGGUGGUUUAAACUGGGACACCACUGACGAAACUCUUAUGCGAUACUUUUCGCAAUAUGGUCCAGUUCUCGAAUGCCAGGUCAUGCGGGACCCCGCUACCGGCCGAUCGCGCGGCUUUGCGUUUUUAACAUUCAAAGACUCGAAAUGCGUGAAUUCCGUUAUGGUGAAAGAGCAUGUGCUUGAUGGGAAAAUCAUUGACCCAAAGCGCGCGAUCCCGAAAGACGAGCAGGAAAAAACAUCAAAGAUCUUUGUAGGCGGCGUCGCGCCCGGUGUCACUGAGCCUGAAUUCCGCCAAACGUUCUCUCAGUUCGGUAGAGUGAUUGACGCCAGUUUGAUGGUCGACAAAGAUACAGGCCGGUCUCGUGGAUUUGGAUUUAUCACGUUUGACGGCGAAGCCGCGGUCGACAACACUCUGGCCCACUGCCCGCUCGUGAUUGGUGGCAAGAUGGUCGAGGUUAAGAAAGCGCAGCCAAAGGGAGUCGUCAACAAGGAGAGAUUCGAUGACGACAAGAUGGAUAUGGGCGGGCGACAGCAGCAGUUUAUGAAGUACGAUGGCCGGGAAUACGGUGGAGAUGGUAUGGCAGAGGGGAUGGGUACAGAUUAUAACAGCGCAGAGUCGUAUCCUAAUGGUAUGACUCCGUCUAUGUUGGCACAGUAUUGGUACCGUACUCAGCUCUACUUGAAUGCGCUUGAAAAGAUUCAGACAAAUGGCUAUGAAGCAUCUGCCAUGGCGUAUGCUUAUCAACAGCAGCAACAGCAGCAACAGAAUGAGACGUCAGAGGAAGCUGGAAGUGGCAGCCCUACACAAAAUGCUGGCAGCUCACAAACACCCGAACCAUCAGAUCGAAGACAGAUGCUUCCCGCUGGACCUCAAGGAGGAGCCGGGAUCCCGACAGGCCCGUCCCAGUCGGCUGGCAAACCAAUCCCGUCAGGACCAUCUGGGAUCCCCAAAGGUCCAUCAUCCAUCAUUCCAAAGGGACCAGCCACCAUGGCAAAGAAUUUACCACCCGGAAUACCCACCGGUCCAACUAUUAUGGCCCAGCGUGAGCGCCACAACACGCCUGGGUCCGUGGGCAGUCCUCAGAACUCUGAUAUUGCCAACGAUCUUCCUAUAAAACCGCCGAGCGGCCCAAAAGCCCUUCGGAAUCAGCAAUUCGCAGCACCUACUGGGCCGCGGCAGAAUGUUCCUUUUAUACGUGGCAGAGGACGGGGUGGGUAUGGACGCGGAGGCGGGUAUCAUCCCUACUCACGGUGAAUGAUGUAUUAUUUAUCAACAAAUUAAUAUAAUAUAUUUAACAAAGAAAACA